GUAUUUGUUUUGGUUUUGCAGUCAACAGGCACGGUAAAGAGGCACUAUGAGUCUUUGCCGGGUGAAUCUUGCCCGAAGUGUGGCAUCGUUUUUGUGUUCAGAGCAACGGAUUUUUUGUCUGCAGAAAAACAGGAGCAUUCAGCAUUUAUCCAGGGUAUCAUGUUGUAACGACAUUUGUAGAUUUAAUUAUUAUUCAACCGACUCAAAGUCGUCUUCAUCAAAGCAACAAGCAAAGCAAAAACCAUCGAAAUUGAAACUAAAAACUGCAAAAGGAACACGUGACCAUGGACCACAAGAGAUGCAACUUCGACAACGAGUUUUCCAGAAAAUUGAAUCCAUUUUUCAAACUCAUGGCGCACAAGCAAUCGAUACGCCGGUAUUUGAACGGAGAGAAAUUCUAACCGGAAAAUAUGGAGAGGAUUCGAAGCUAAUUUAUGAUUUGGAAGAUCAAGGCGGUGAGAUUCUUUCGCUGAGAUACGAUUUGACGGUGCCAUUGGCUAGGUAUUUGGCCAUGAACAAAAUUACCAACAUCAAACGGUAUCACAUUGCAAAAGUCUAUCGGCGAGAUUCACCUUCUAUAGCACAAGGCCGUCUUCGCGAGUUUUAUCAAUGCGAUUUCGAUAUUGUUGGAGUACAUGAUGCCAUGCUGCCAGAGAUUGAAUGUGUAAAAGUAAUGUCGAAAGUGUUAAAAUCGUUGGACAUUGGUGAAUUCGUAAUCAGAUUGAACCAUCGACAACUAUUGAAUGGGCUGUUCGAGGCAUGUGGAGUGCCGCAUGAUAAAUUCAAGUCAAUCUGUUCAGCUGUUGAUAAAUUGGAUAAGUUACCUUGGGCUGAGGUGCGCAAAGAAAUGGUCAACGAGAAAGGCUUGACUGAAGAUGUUGCAGACAACAUUGGCCAGUACAUUCAACAGUUGGGUCACGCAGAACUGAUGGAGAAACUAAUGCAAGACGAGCUUCUGAACAAAUACCCAUCAUCUCUGCAAGGUCUGCAAGAUCUGAAGUUGCUUUUGAAGCAUUGCAAUCUACUUGGAAUUCAGAAUGAUGUCAUUUUUGAUUUGAGCCUGGCCAGAGGUUUGGAUUACUAUACUGGAGUCAUUUUCGAAGCCGUUCUCAAAGAUAAAAAUGACAAAGACGCGAGAGAAUCAAUAGGUUCGAUAGCAGCUGGUGGCCGUUAUGACGAUCUGAUUGGAAUGUUCGAUGCAAAAGGACAUUCAGUGCCUUGUGUCGGAGUUUCGAUUGGUGUCGAGCGAAUUUUCUCCAUUCUACAGUCAAAAAUGGUAAAAGACGGUGAUGGGCCAACUAACUUUGCCGAUGUGUAUGUGAUAUCAGCUCAUAAAGGUCUACACGAGGAGCGACUAAAGAUUGUGAAUCGGCUAUGGAAUGCGGGCAUUCGAUCAGAGCAUUCAUUCAAGCAAAAUCCGAAAAUUCUGAAUCAAAUUGAAUACUGUGAAAAACAUGAAAUUCCUUACGCGAUAAUAAUUGGCGACUCAGAGCUGCAACGAAACGUUGUUAAGCUACGGACAAUUAGCACACGGGAAGAAAUUGAAAUUCCAAUCAAUAAAUUAGAAGAUGAAAUUAACAAACGUUUCCAUAAAUGAUGCUAAUUCUUUUAUUGCAUUUUUCUUUCCAGUUCUUGUAUGAAAUAAAACAAAAAUUUGGCAUUUUUUACCCUA